AUGGCUACAAACCCACACUUUGGGGCCACAACAACGGCCACAGAAGUCGCAUCAACGUUCUCCUCCUAUGUCACCGGGAAAACAAGUCAGUCCCAUCCUCUCAAAGCUUCAGAAAAAAAUUAAGACACAUUUCACACCUCGCUGACCUCCCAUAGUCUUGAUCGUUGGAGUAAGCCCAAAUAGUCUAGGCCAACACCUUGUCCAAGCUCUUGUUCCCCACAAUCCCUACCUAUUAAUCCUCGCCUCGCGCUCUCUCAAAAAUAUCAACUUAGUUACCUCAUCACUGCCCCAAAAUGAAAAGACGAUGGUCAAAGCCGUGGAAAUAGAUCUCUCCUUUCAGAGCUCUAUCCGGGAAGCAGCCAAAACGGUUAAAGGGCUGACGGAGAAAUUGGAUCUGGUGUUCAAUGUUGCGGCUGUAAAUGUUCAAGGGAAGGAGAUGACGGAGGAUGGGCUCGAAAUGCAUUUUGGCACGAACUAUAUUGGGUUCUUUCUGUUGACUAAUUUGUUGAUUCCCGAAGUUAAGAAUGCAGCGAGAGAGAAAGGAAAGAGGGCCGGCGCAACGAGAAUUGUGAAUUUCACGAGUGCGGGUCAUAGAUUAAGUCCGAUCCGCUUCUCUGACCUCAAUUUCACCAAACCUUCCUCAGAACUCCCUGAGGAAGAGAGACCACCACAGGGAUUGUCAAAAGCGGUUUAUGAUCCAGAAAAAGGAGGCUAUAGUAGCUUUGUAGCAUAUGCACAGAGCAAAACGGGCAAUAUUCUUUUCUCUGUUGCUUUGCGGGAAAGAUUCAAGAAGGAGGGGAUUUUGGCGAUUAGCGUGCAUCCUGGGUGUGAGUUUCUUCCUUCUUUCCUUCCAUGUUGUUCUAUUUUACAUGUCUGGAAUAGAGCGUUUUGGGGAAUGGAAUGGCUGAUUUUCGAGAAGCUAUAUGGACGAACCUAGCAAGGAACCUAGAUGAGGAAGGAAAGGACGUUGUCAAGAAUACGAGUAAAGUGUGGAAAACGGGGGAUCAGGGUGCUGCUACGGGGUUAGUUGCUGGGCUUUAUCCGAGGCUUGGAGGUUUGCAUUUUCCCCCCUCUCUCCCUUGCCUCUUCGUUCUUUCCUCUCUUUGUUUUAUAUGGUUGGUGGAACUGAGAAUUGACCUAUCUAUGUGCAUUUUAGAAACUGAAGAGGUCUACAUGUCCGACUGUCAGUUCGCGAAGGCUGCGUCAUUUGCAACUGAUGUUUCAAUCACCGAAAGGCUUUGGGAGGUGAGUGAGGAGCUUGUUGGGCAGAGAUUCAUAUUUUGA